UAGUUUUUUGGUAUCAAGUGAUCAUUCUCAUCUUCAAAUGGCAUCAUUGCAAGAAAGUUUAAAUAAAUUCAAGAAGCAGCAAGAAAAGUGCCAGACAACCCUUACAAGCAUUGCAGCCAAAGCAGGAUCUUCAAAGGCAACAACAACGCCGAAAGUUACACCCUAUAGCUCAUCAGCUUCAGCCAAUGCAAAGUCUCCUGCCCCUGCAAUCAAAUUCUCAAACGACACAGAGAGACUCCAACACAUUAACAGCAUACGUAAAGCCCCUGUAGGAGCUCAGAUCAAACGGGUUAUAGACUUGCUGCUCGAGACAAGACAAGCCUUCACACCGGAGCAAAUAAAUGAAGUGUGCUAUGUUGAUGUGAAUGCCAAUAAGGCUGUCUUUGACAGCCUGAGGAACAACCUAAAAGUUAGUUACAAUGGCAAGUACUUCUCUUACAAGUCCAAGCAUGAUCUAAAAGACAAGAAUCAGCUUAUUUUCUUGAUACGGAAAUCUCCAGAGGGUAUUGCAGUAAUUGACCUCAAGGAUGCAUACCCAACUGUCAUGGAGGACCUACAGUCUUUGAAAGCUGCUGGCCAAAUCUGGCUGCUAUCGAAUUUCGACUCACAGGAGGACAUAGCCUACCCAAAUGAUCCGAGAGUUCCCAUCAAGGUUGAUGAUGACCUGAAACUGUUAUUCCGGAGUAUUGAACUGCCACGCGAUAUGAUUGACAUAGAGAAGGAUCUCCAGAAGAACGGAAUGAAGCCUGCUACAAACACGGCGAAGAGGAGAGCUGCAGCACAGGUUCAUGGCAUUACCACGAAGGGCAAGCCCAAGAAGAAGAAGCAUGAAAUCAGCAAGAGGACCAAGCUAACCAACGCUCACCUUCCAGAGCUUUUCGAGAAACUCAGUGUCCCUGGUUCACGAUAACCUGUCAAGUUGUUGCAGUUGGACCUUCUUGUAUGGUCGUACCAUUGAAUGUCGGAAUGUCAAAGUUGGGCUUGUGAAGUGGAAAAUCUGGGGUUUGAAUGGCUGCCCUUCAUGGAAAGAACCUGAUUAGUAUACUGCUCUAUUGUGAUCUAUUACUAGAAGAGGUUAGUAGGGCAUUAGUAGAGAAUGAUGAGACGCAGGAGACUAUUCUCCUGGCUUUUGAUGCCCUGGUCUUGUAGCCACUCAGGCAACCAUUGUUGGUACCAGUUUCUGUUGGGUAAUCUGUUGUGUCAUUUAUUGACUUCUUGGAUUAUUGUUAGUUCGGCGCAGUGCUGCUUCAGUUGCAAUGAAGAGAUAUGGUACAUAAGCUUCAUUUUAAUGGCUGUGAUUGUAACAUAAAUUAUGCAUCCAGCAUCGCUUAGUGAGUUUCCUUGUAUUGCAACGCUACUAACCAAUGAGACCAAGAGGGC